ACUUCCUCCUUCACUUGGUUGGACGCUACGCCACAUCCCACCAGCCCUUGGACUGUGGUGUCCAGCAGCAUCCGGUGUCAUGGGGGGGCCUGAACCCUCCAGCAGGCUCCUGAUUCUGCCUCUCCUUCUGACUGUGGGUGGUCUCAGUCCUGUCCAGGCCCAGAGCGAAUGCAACUGUGCGGCCAUGAGCCCUGGUGUGCUGGCGGGGAUCGUGCUGGGGGACCUGGUGCUCACCCUGCUCAUCGCCCUGGCUGUGUACUCGCUGGGCCGCCUGGUGCCUCGGGGCCGAGGGGCUGUGGAGACAAUGACCCGGAAACAGCGUAUCACUGAGACCGAGUCCCCUUACCAGGAGCUCCAGGGUCAGAGGUCAGAUGUCUACAGUGACCUCAACACACAGAGGCAAUAUUACAAAUGAACCAAAUCAUGAUGGUCAACAACCGGAUUCCUGGAUCCAGUCAUUCCUGAUGGCCACCAAGUACCUCAUUCCUACUCCUACCAAGAUAUAUAUCUACAGAGUGCCUUCCCUGAGCUAUCACACCUCUCCCUACUGCUGCCUCCAAAUAAACAUGAAGCACA